GAGACUAGUGUCGACAAGCAUCAAUACUUAUUUCUCUCUCUCUCUCUCUAUAUCUAUCUGCUGUUAAAGAUUUUAUUCCUCCUUCCUUCUCGGUUUUAGCUCAUUCCCUUCUUCACUUUCACCUGUUCAUCUUCUUUAAACAACUUCAAUUCCAUUACCCUUCUAAAAAUAGAACUUGCCCAACAAUCAGACAUCGAUUCACCAUCUGGGUCUUGGUUAAAUCUUGAUUUGAAGCAUCACUCGCUAGCUCACUGAGUUACUCACUAAAUCAUUUUAUUAACUUAAAAGGUUCAUUUUCUAGGAGCUGCAAUGGAUUCGCCACAAUCGGUUGUGUCACCAUUCAAGACUUCAGUUAUAAGUGAGCCAGAGAAGCAGAAAUUUGAUUCUUCUGUUCGUAACUCUAGUAUUUUAUCCAAGGAGACUGAGGUUCAGAGGAAAGAAGUCACAAACGGCAACGAGGAGGAUUACAUUGGUAUGCUCGAUGUCUACGUACAUCAGGCUAGGGAUAUUCAAAACAUUUGCAUUUACCACAAGCAGGAUGUUUAUGCUAAGUGUUGCCUGACUAGUGAUCCUGAAAACACUGUCCCCACCAAAACCAUCAAUGGCGGUGGAAGGAAUCCGGUUUUUAAUGAUAAUCUCCGACUCAAUGUAAGGACCGUUGAUUGCUCACUUAAAUGUGAGAUAUUCAUGAUGAGCAGGGUGAGGAAUUAUAUGGAAGAUCAGCUGUUAGGGUUUGCUUUGGUGCCUUUAUCUGAAGUAGUGAUCAAGAACGGAAAGCUGGAGAAGGAAUUCUCGCUUUCUUCAACAGAUUUGUUUCAUUCUCCAGCAGGAUUUGUUCAGUUAUCUCUGUCUUAUAGUGGAGCUUCUCCGGACGUAAUGGCAAUUCCGUCAAUGCCUACUGCUCUAGCUGCAGGUGGAUCUAUGCAGGACACAGAGAUACAGGAAUCUAUGCCCUGCGAAUUUGAUGAGAUUGAGUUCCCUGAUCCUAAAAUUGUCAAUGAAAACCAGAUGAUGGUUUCCGAGUAUUAUGCGAUCUCAUGUAACAAUGAGGACUCUGAAACCUCAGAGAGCUUUAUCACUUCUGAAGUUGAAGACCAUGUUAGUUCUGACAUGUGUACUAAUGUCGUGGAAAGCUAUUCGGUUGCUACUGUUGAGUCUGUUGGAGCACUUAAGCAUGACUCGCCAACCGAAGCUCCAAAGCGUGACUCGCCUCCAAGCAGCAUAUCAACAAAUGGAGUUUCGUCUCCUUCAAUUGCUGUAAGCUCAGAUACAUCUGAUGCUCCCGCAGAUACGAAAACACAGCAUCAGGAACAUGACUCGGCCCAGAAAGAGAAAAAGGGAGGAGACGGCGAGAGUGAUUCCUCCUGCGAGACACAAACCGAGAAAUUCCCCAAGCCGAUUAUCAAUAUGAACUUUGAGCCAGAGCAGAAAGUUGUCCAGCAAGACAUAGUAGACAUGUACAUGAAAAGCAUGCAGCAAUUCACUGAAUCAUUAGCAAAGAUGAAGCUUCCAUUGGACAUGGAUAGCGGACCAACGAGUUCAGGAAGUUCAACUUCGGAUCAGAAAACGCAAUCGUCAAAGAACAGCGGUUCCCGCGUGUUUUACGGGAGUCGGGCUUUUUUCUGAGCUUUAGUUCGCACCGGUUCGGAGGAAAACACACAGGUGACUUUUAGACUUUAGCACGGUGACUAAUACUAAUAGUGAACUGUAAUAAUGUAUCAUGUAGUGUGUGUUUUUUUCCUUUUGUAUGUUGAGAUGUUUUAGAUGACUCGGAAAUCAUGACUUUGUAUGUUUUAUCAUCAUCAUCAGCUUUGUUCUAUAACCAGCUGCUGUUUAGUAUAAAUAGAAAAUUUCCCCUUUUUCUUUAA